CCGAGAACACUUUGUCGAACGAAGAUGACACUCAUAGUCGGAACUUUACUACCUCACUCGCCGCUCAUUGCCUUCUCUGUUAUCAUUUGUAUUGGAACAGGAUAUAUUAUCUAUCAAAGAUGCUUUCAUCCUCUCGCGAAGUAUCCUGGUCCAGCGCUGGCGUCGCUUUCUGGUCUCUGGAGGGCGUACCACAUCUACUGCCUGGACCUCCACGAGAAGAUCCUUCAGGCACAUCGCAGGCAUGGGCCUAUUGUGCGUAUCGGCCCCAAUCAUCUUCACUUUUGGAACGCUCAGGCCGUCGCUCCGAUCUACAAAAGUGGUAGAAAAAUGCCCAAAACUGAUUUUUACGACGCUUUCACGGCCUUUCGGCCGAAUCUGUUUGGUGGUAGGGAUGAAGAUAUCCAUUCAUCCCGGCGGCGCCAGCUAUCUCAUGGCUUUUCGCAGGCCUCGAUUCAGAAGAUGGAGUCUAUCAUCGAGAUUCAGAUAGAAAUCCUCAUCAAAAAGCUGCAACGUUUCGCUAAAACGCAUGAGAUCUUUGAUCUUAAAGAGGUUAUUUCUUUCUAUGUUCUAGAUAUUCUAGGGGAGGUGGCCUUUGGUCGCCCCUUCGAAGCGCAGUCGGCCGACACCGUACCCGAAAUCAACGCCAUCAACGACCACCUUCUUCUCGCUGGCAUCAUCGGAUCGCUACCAUGUCAAGGUCUUCUUAAGGCGGCUGCCAAUUGGUCGCCAGUGCCGUGGAUGCGUCGCCUGAUUCAGAGUAGGGCCAAGCUGAAGCAAACCUGCUCUGAUUGCGUGGAGUCCAAGAGAUCAAUGCAAGGAGAAUCGCGAUUGGACAUGAUGCAGCACCUUCUGAGUGCGACUGAUCCGAAGACGGGAAUGAAACUCAAUGAUGACGAGAUCAAAUCUGAGGCAUUUGCCAUGCUAGUUGCGGGAUCACAUUCGACAGCUGGCACAACGGUUCUCUUGUUCUGGCACCUGCUACAUAAUCCCAAGACCCUGGCAAAAGUUGAACAGGAGAUCAAAGAUGUUCUGGGCGACCUGCCCGAAGACAAGAUCGCAUAUCCCAUAGCCGGCCUCGAGGCCUCGCUUGAUUACACGCGUUCUUGUGUGCAAGAGAACUUCCGCAUAACGCCGGUCUUCAACAUGUGUCUGUGGAGAAGUACCCACGUCGCCAUAUCCAACCAUGCUCUCCACCAUAACCCCGAUAUCUGGGGCAUUGACGAUGAAGCCUUCGUCCCCGACCGCUUCAUGGGUCUGGAAGGAAAGGCAAUGCUGCAGAGCUUGAUUCCGUUCAGCAUCGGCCAUCGAAUGUGCAUUGGGAGGAACCUAGGUUUGACGAAUCUCUGGAAGACAGUGACGACCCUGCUCAACAGGUUCGAUUUCGAGACAAUCAGCCCAGACCGCCCUGUACGAGUUGAAAGCUCGGGCAUUGGAGAGCUACGUGGAAGUUUUCUAUGUAGAGUCGCUCUUAAAAAGGGCGAGUAA